AUGACACUCAAGUGUUACAGAGAGGUAGGCAAACAGGAGAUAGAAGAGAGGGAGAACAGGAAAGGAGGAGGAGAGGAAGAGGAGGAUGCAGUGCACAAAGCAGCAGAGCAGCAGCUCCAGGAGACUGUAAAGAGGAAAUUGGACAGUGCACGAUCGCCCCUCAACGGAGACCAGAACGGGAUCUGUGAUGGAGGCAGCUACUCACCGACCCCCAAACGGGUACGGAAGGAUGGCUCCAGUGGUCUGGACUCUUUAACUGGUCUCCCAAACAAUGGCAGUAACAACAAUGUUCCGCCAAUCUCUCCUCUGCAUCACCAAAUGGACAUUAAGCCUUUACUAGGUGGGGCAAAUACUUCAGCUAGUAACAACACUACAAACAGCAAUGGCAACCAUGUGUCAAGCCGGACAACUGAUGAGCUGGGAAAAAAUGGUGGCAGCCAUCUUCCAGAUAUGAAGCUAAAUGGCUCAUUGGACUUAGAGGACAGCUUUGGCCUCCUUAAAGACCUGAAACAGGAGCCACUGGAUGAUGGUGGUGGGAUGGAGUCCUCGGAUCCCCAGUCUCUAUCUAAUCAGAAUAAGCUGUUCUCAGACAUCAACCUCAAUGAUCAAGAGUGGCAAGAGCUGAUUGAUGAACUGGCCAACACUGUUCCAGAGGACGAUAUGCAUGACCUCUUCAAUGAGGACUUUGAGGACAAGAAGGAAGCAGACUUUGGCAGGCCGGCAAACAAUCAGACACCAGGUCCGCAGGAAGGGACCGGGAACUCAACAAUACCUACAGGGGGGGCAGCAGCAACAGCAGCUUUGCCUCCUCCUCCUCCUCAACCUUUACAGGGAAGACCACAGGUUCCGAUUGGAUCGCCCCAGGUCCGUCCCUCGUCGUCAGGCCCUCAGUUUGCCACCACUGCCAAUGGCACACCUCCUCAGCAACCUUUGCAACAGUCUCCGGCUGUUGCCAUGGCAUCAGGUUCCCCAUUACACAACUGUGUGGCUCGCUCUCCUCAGACCCCUACCCAGGCUCAGACACAAACGGUCUCUCGGCCUGGUAAUGGAUUUAUGAUGAACCCAGGGCCGAGGGUCAGUCAGGCAGGCACGGGACCUGGAGCGGCUGGAGUUGCUCCUGGAGGUCAACCAGUAGGGACGGUGACACCUGAACUGUCUCCAGCUGAGCAGCUAAGGAUGGCUGCUCAGCAGCGUGCUAAAUUGCUGCAGCAGAAGCAACAGCAACAACAAGCAGCUAGCUGGUCCCCCGCAGGUGCGCCCACCAGUCCCUAUAACUCUGGUCCCUUUAACCAGGACAAACCCAACAGUCCCAUGAUGUACCCACCGCAAGCCUUUAACACACCACAGGGGCCCCUAGUGGCUGGGAUAGCCCCCAACAAUGGGCCCAAAGCCCCCAUGAACAACUACCUCCCUCACAACCACAUGGGCAUGAUGGGACAGCAGCAACCAAACAGCAUCAGCCAAAAUGCCCUCUCCAAGCAACAACAACAAACAGCAGCCAUGUUGUCCUACAACAACACCAAACCGCUGAGUCACUUCAGCGGCGGUGGGGUUGACCACAUGGGCCAGAGGAUGACUCCACCAAUGGCAGGGAACAGUCAGGUCAAGAACCCCAUGAUGCCUCCAUACAUGGGUGGUGGGGGAGGCGGGGGCCAAGGGGCAGGUCCGGGCCAAACCCAGGGGCCAAUCCCAGGACAGACCGCCCACCUGAGUGAGGAGCAGAAGAGGAUGCUGCUGAUGAAGCAGAAGGUGUUGAACCAAAACAUGCCGUACAGCGCCAUGCAGCCUCAUGGGCAGGAUCAGAGUGUGGUCGGAAUGUCGCGGCCGCCCGGCGCCAUCCCUCCUCCUCACCCUGCCGGGGGCGUGGCCUCCGGGGUGGGGCCCAACCAGGGCUCGGGGCCACCUCCGGGCUACGUCGGCAGUCAGCAGCAGGCGGCCAUGAUGAAGCAGAUGAUGGCGAUGGAGCAGGAAAAGCGGGUGCAGAUGCACAUGAUGGAGCAACAGAAGCAGCAGCUCCUCAGAGAGCAGAGACAACAGCAGCAGCAGCAUCUACUGGCUGAACAGCUACAACAGCAGCAGCAUCUGCCGAGGCAGAUGGGCCAGGGCCAGAGGAAUCCGUACCCCCAAGUCAGUCAGUACCAAGGUUCUCCUCAGGAGUUGGCAUCACGGAGCCAGACUCUCCAGAAUAUUCGGGCUACCCGUCUCCUACAACAGCAGCAGCAAAACCAGCAACAGAUGGUCCAGAUGAGUUCUGUUCAGGGCCAGGGUGGCACAGUAGGACCUCAAAGUGACAUGGGUCUUCCUUAUGGCAGCCCAGGCUCCAGCCAGGGUACCCUGUAUGGGCUCAACCCCUCUAUGAGCCAAAUGAUCCACCAGCAGCACCAGAGCCAAAGAGUCCAGGCCUCCAUGGGUCUCCCACCACAGCACAACCCAGCUGGAGGACCGCCCAGACAGGCAGGUGCUGGUCCUGUGGUCGGCGGGAUGCCCGGAGGACCUGGAAGCGGUGGGGCUGGAGGGUAUGGAGGACAGACGAUGUUGAUAAACUCGGUGGCACAACAAUCUCUCAAAGGCCCACCCAAUGCCAAAGCCCAGGCACACAGACUGCAAAGCAUGUUGGCGGCAGGAGGAGAUGGUGGGGGAAUGACUGCAGGUGGUUGGCCACAACAGCAAGGACAGAGCCUGCAGGCCAUGGGAGGAGUAGUUGGAAGGACUACAGGAGGAGGAGAAUUAGUGGGGUUUAAUUCUGCCCAGGGGUAUGGGAUGCAGCCGGGUCAGCCCCCACGUAUGGCCAAGCAACAUUUUCAGGGCCCAGGCCAAGGCAUGAGCCAGGGCAUAGACCCAAGGGUGGGAAACCCAGCAGCAGUUAUGGGUGGACCAAUGAUGGGGCCUCACAUGGGUGGGCAACCCAGGACCAACCAGCCCCGGCCCAUGGUCAUGAACCAGGGGAUGAACCAAGGGAUAAUGGGACAGGGGAUGUCUGGAAUGGGGGGUUUCGGGCCGGGUCCAGGAGGACCAGGUAUAGGGGCAGGUGGGGGAGGAGGUGGACCCUAUGUACCAGGGGGAGUUGCGGUUGGAGGCCCGCCACAGGGCUACCAAAGGACAGCCAAUCAGGACUUGUCGUCUUAUGGAUAUGGGGGCGGGCCCUCAAGUGGAGGAGCCUUUGCACUGGGCGAUGGUUCAGGGACAGAGUUGGACUCAAGUGACGGAUGGAUGGAGGAGUUUUUCCCCAGCCAAUAG